AGAUGGUAACAUGUAGGCUUGAUUAUUAUGCAGUCUCAGUAAUAGAACUAUUAAACAGACAGAGGUUUCCUCCAGCAGCUCCAGGCUUUCUCCUCCUCUUGUGUCGGAUUGGAGGAGUAUCUCUCUGCCUCUCUUUUCUUUCUUUCUUUCUCUCUGUCGGACUUCCAUCAGCGGAUGUCCUUCUUGUUCUUCUCCUUCUUUCCCCCCCCGCGGUGAGGCUGCUGCUGGACCGAUAGACUCAGCAUGGCGGAGGAACCGGAGGGGAACAACCGGCUCCUGCAGGACGUGCUGGCGAGACCGGGCAACGGAACGUGUGCAGACUGCGGCAAUCCAGAGCCGGAGUGGGCGUCGCUGACUCUGGGUGUGUUUGUGUGCCAGGCCUGCUCGCUCCUCCACCGCAGCAUCCCUCACAUCAGCCGGGUCAAAUCUGUCCAGGAGACUUGGGAUGCCAGUGAGGUGGAGUUAGUCUCUGCCACUGGAAACAAUGCAGCCAAGGCCAAAUAUGAGCAGAAGGUUCCUGCUUUCUACUACAGACCAACACACACCGACUGCAAGAUGCUGAGAGAGCAGUGGAUCAGAGCCAAGUACGAGAGGAACGAGUUUGAGUUCAUCGAAAAACAGGAGCCUUACUCUGCAGGGUACAGGGAGGGUUUUCUGUGGAAACGAGGACGAGACAACGGUCAGUUCCUCAGCAGAAAGUUCAUCCUGUCGGAGAGGGAGGGCGCGCUGAAGUACUUCAACAAGCAGGAUGCCAGGGAUCCCAAAGCCAUGAUGAAAAUCGAGACCCUGAACGCCACCUUCCAGCCUGCUAAGAUUGGCAACCCGUGCGGCCUGCAGAUCACCUACCUGAAAGACAACAGCACAAGGAACAUCUUCGUCUACCACAGCGACGCUAAGGAGAUGGUCGACUGGUUCAAUGCUAUCAGAGCGGCCAGAUUCCACUACCUGCAGGUGGCCUUCCCUGGAGCCAGUGACGAGGAGCUGGUGCCUAAACUCACCCGAAACUUCAUGAAGGAAGGAUUCAUGGAGAAAACCGGUCCAAAGCACACAGAGGGCUUUAAGAAGAGGUGGUUCACCAUGGAUGACAGGAGACUCAUGUACUUCAAAGACCCUCUGGACGCCUACGCCCGCGGAGAGGUGUUCAUCGGCAGUAAGGAGAACAGCUACACCGUGCUCUCCGGCCUGCCCCCCACCACGCAGGGACACCACUGGAGCCACGGCAUCACCAUCGUCACGCCUGACAGGAAGUUCCUGUUCGCCUGCGAGACCGAGGCCGAGCAGCGUGAUUGGAUAUCGGCCUUCCAGAGGGUCAUAAACCGACCAAUGAGGCCGCAGGAAUACGCAGUGGAGGCCCAUUUUAAACACAAGCCUUGAAGAUGGCAGGAGGACACGACUCAACUGGACCGACCCAAGAAGUCUCCUUCAGAUCAGAGACUCUCCCAACGUGAGACCAUGUGGGGAGGAAGUGGGGAUAAAGAGGAGGAAAACAAAGAGACAAGAAGGGACUGGAGCCUAUCUGUGUGAAGAAAACUUGAACUCAAAUGGGACUGAAGGCCCAGAGGGUAGAUGAUGUCAUCACUAUGCGCCUACCAAACUCGUGCUAAACAUUACCAUCCGACCUUUCCUCAGUGGAUCCCCUCCCCCCCCGCCCCCCCUCUCGUCUGGGUCAUCCUACCUGUGAUCUAAUGUAAUUAUGUAAUCUAGAGUCAUUUCACUGGUUGCUUAUAACAAAGACAAUGCAUUGUUAAUUUAUUGAAUGUACAGUUUUGAUGACAGUGGCUUAAAAUGUGUGUGUGUGUGUGUGUGUGUAUGUGUGUGUGUGUGUGCGUGUGUGUGCGUGUGUGUGUGUGGAGUUUUCUGUUGAGGAUGCUGUGGGGUUGAACCUCUGGCACUGAGACCCUGUUAAAAACCUGAAACCUACAAAGUGCUGUUAACAACAAAUAUGCAUAAACACACAUCUCUCAGUGAUCACCGUAGCUGUUAAGGUGGCCGAUCCGGACAGGGUUCCUUUACGACUUCCAGUGUUCUCUUAUUUAUUGUCGGACAUAUCAUCGUAGACGGUCGUUGCUGCUUUUAAAAGGAUUGUAAUGUGACAGGAUUGUAAUUUAUACAACACUUCUACUCUGCAACUGGUUUUGUUUGACCAUCUGGUUUUGAAGACACAGUGUUGUGUUGACCCUGGAAUCACAGUGACAAGUUUGUUUCAAUAUUAAAAAAAACUAACGUGA